GGGGUUUCUUGCCCAGGUAUGGAGUGCCCAGUGCACUGGCCCGCGCAAAGGGGGGAGCAAGGCGCCUGACCGGGCGCACUAUCUGACCUGGUGGCCCCUUCUCCCAAACAGCGCAUUGGACCGAGACGACGCUCGACACGCACACUUCUUGAUUCCCACCACGUCUCCGCCUCGGAUCGACUAGUUACAAUCUCAAAGUCGCACAUCGCCAGCAACUCGAUUGUGAACACGCGAAGCGGUGCAACGCCAGCCCGGCCAGUCCGCCGCCCAGAACCACACGAUGGCGACCAAGGCCAUGUGGGAGGUCGACCCGGAGACGCGCUCCAAGGUCAGUCUGCCGGUGGGGGUCAACGAAGCGCUCGACCCUCCCUGGACUCUGAAUGCGCGCUGACGACCGAACCCAUAGCUCGCUGCUCUCCAGAAGGAAUCUAAGAACAGUGUCUGUUGCGAUUGCAAUGCGCCGUCGCCGCAAUGGGCGUCACCCAAGUUCGGCGUCUUCAUCUGCCUUUCCUGCGCCGGCGUCCAUCGCGGGCUGGGCGUCCACAUCUCCUUUGUGCGGAGUAUCUCAAUGGACGCCUUCAAGGCGAGCGAGAUUGAGCGUAUGCGCCUGGGUGGCAACGAACGAUGGAGGACUUUCUUCGAGGAGCACGAGGACACACAAAUGAGAGGCAUCACGUGGGACGAUGCCACCAUCGCGGAGCGAUACGGUGGCGAGGUGGGCGAGGAAUACAAGGAGAGGCUAUCAUGCAAGGUUGAGGGCCGUGAGUACGUCCCAGGUGAGAAGAAGCCCGCGGUGGCGCCAACACCAGCCCCCGCCGCGGCCACUUCUUCGGCACAACGGUCUGCCUCCCGGGCGAGCACACCACUCGGCGGAACGACAACGCGAGACGAGAGUCCUGCUCCCAACGGCGGCGGCAAGGUCAAGGUCGACGACAGGUACUUUGCCAAGCUAGGCGCCGACAAUGCGUCCCGGCCUGAUCACCUCCCCCCAAGCCAAGGAGGCAAGUACGGCGGCUUUGGCAAUAUGCCGGCUGCGACGCCGUCCAACCAAGGUCCGCUGCCAAACUUUGAGGAUGUGCAGAGGGAUCCCAUGGGAGCGCUCACCAAAGGCUUCGGCUGGUUCACGUCGACCGUUUCGAAAACGGCCAAGACGGUCAACGAUGGCUACAUUCAGCCUACCGCCAAGAGCUUUGCAGAGGGCGAUUUUGCUAAACAGGCGCAGUUGACCGCUGCUGCGUUGGCAAAACAGGCGCAAGCGGCGGGCAAGAACGCCCACGACGGCUUCAACCGUUUCGUCGAAGGCAACGAUCAGCCGCGCCGGGAUGCGCCCCUGGAUGCGAGCCGCAAGGACUUCUGGGACGACUUUUCUUCCCUGGCAGAGCAGAAGAAGGCUAACAGCUCCAUUGGGACCAGCGCCAUGGGCAUGGGUAAGGGCCGGGGCGGCGCCGCAGCGCCGCCAGCGACAAAGAAGAAUGACGAUUGGGAUGAUUGGUGAUGUUUGCCAAAAAUUCAGAAUUGUAAGUAUGACAAUCAGUGAAUCAUAUAUGGUGUUUCACCCUGGUCCGGUGGGUUUGGAAGAGAGAUGGGGCGUGGCGGAUCCAGUUGACGGGCGCAGAAGCAUGGACUACGGGCAUUAGCAUAUCUUUGAGACUCGAUUUGGGGCUCAAUUUGAGGAAAAUGAUAAGGAACGGCGUGUUCAUAGUAAAGAAGCAGACGAUGCGACGGCUCUGAGUUGUCGGGCUUUGUUGGCGAAGGGACCGUUGAGUUGAUGGCCGGCUCCCUCUCCUAGAAUUUGUGUUUGGAUGGUCAUCGACUUAUGUACGACAAAGAUCACAGACAUACGGAUUCCAUGCUGCCGAGUCAAGAUAAGUCCACGAUUAUAUGC